CCUGGUACCGAGCCACCCACAGACGCUCUACUCAACCACCUUGAUCUUCGACCAAUAGCCACACCAAAAAAGGCAGUAUCUAAUGGCUCAAAUCGUGCAGUCCCGUUCUCCAGAGGUCCACCGGACGCGAAGACCAGGAAAUAUGAUCGCCAACUUCGUUUAUGGGCAGCUACUGGUCAAGCUGCUCUGGAAGGAGCGCGUCUCUUGGUAAUCGGCGCUACCGCGACCUCAACCUCUCUCCUCAAGAAUCUUGUCCUGCCAGGCAUCGGCCACUUCACAAUACUAGAUUUGAAUAUCACCAAGCCAGAAGAUGUUGGGAAUAACUUCUUCUUGGAGGUGGAUAGCAUCGGCAAACAGAAGGCGGUCGAAGCGGCUAGACUUUUAUCUGAGUUGAACGAGAGUGUUCAAAGCGCUGCUGAAAUUGAUGAUGUGGCGGAUAUUCUUGAAAAGAGACCAGAAUGGAUCGCGAACUAUACACUCGUAUUCGCGCAUAACCUACCCCGCAAGAUA